GUGUGACAUAUCUCCUUCACAUAAGAGUUAAUCAGGCUGUUGAUUGUGGGCUGUGGAAUUUUGUCCCCACUCUUAAUUCAAAUGGCUGUGUUGAAGUUGCUCGAUAUUUUGGCGGGAACUGGGACACAGUCAUACACGUCGAUCCAGAGUGGAGGAGCGUAUGCAGGCCAUGGAAGAAGAACCAGAGCGGAGGAGCGUAUGCAGGCCAUGGAAGAAGAACCAGAGCGGAGGAGCGUAUGCAGGCCAUGGAAGAAGAACCAGAGCGGAGGAGCGUAUGCAGGCCAUGGAAGAAGAACCAGAGCGGAGGAGCGUAUGCAGGCCAUGGAAGAAGAACCAGAGUGGAGGAGCGUAUGCAGGCCAUGGAAGAAGAACCAGAGAGGAGGAGCGUAUGCAGGCCAUGGAAGAAGAACCAGAGAAGAAGAACCAGAGUGGAGGAGCGUACGCAGGCCAUGGAAGAAGAACCAGAGAAGAAGAACCAGAGUGGAGGAGCAUAUGCAGACCAUGGAAGAAGAUCCAGAGUGGAGGAGCGGAGGAGCGUAUGCAGGCCAUGGAAGAAGAUCCAGAGUGGAGGAGCGUAUGCAGGCCAUGGAAGAAGAACCAGAGUGGAGGAGCGUACGCAGGCCAUGGAAGAAGAACCAGAGUGGAGGAGCGUACGCAGGCCAUGGAAGAAGAACCAGAGUGGAGGAGCGUAUGCAAGUCAUGGAAGAAGAACCAGAGAAGAAGAACCAGAGUGGAAGAGCGUAUGCAGGCCAUGGAAGAAGAACCAGAGUGGAGGAGCGUAUGCAGGCCAUGGAAGAAGAACCAGAGAAGAAGAACCAGAGUGGAGGAGCGUAUGCAGGCCAUGGAUGAAGAACCAGAGUGGAGGAGCGUAUGCAGGCCAUGGAUGAAGAACCAGAGUGGAGGAGCGUAUGCAGGCCAUGGAUGAAGAACCAGAGUGGAGGAGCGUAUGCAGGCCAUGGAUGAAGAACCAGAGCGGAGGAGCGUAUGCAGGCCAUGGAAGAAGAACCAGAGUGGAGGAGCGUAAGCAGGCCAUGGAUGAAGAACCAGAGCGGAGGAGCGUAUGCAGGCCAUGGAAGAAGAACCAGAGUGGAGGAGCGUACGCAGGCCAUGGAAGAAGAACCAGAGUGGAG